AUGGAGUACAAUGAAAUACAAAGCAUAUUACUGAACAACUUGUUGGGAAAAAUGAGAAUCACAUGUAAUUUCCGAGACAGAGGGUGUCCGGUGGUGAUGCCGUUGGAAAGCCUACGCCAGCACACAGACAAGUGUCCCUUCAGUAUACGGUUGUGUAACAAAUGCUUUUGUUUGUGUAAAAUAAACCACAAUUGUGUGGAAGAGUUGAUGGCAUUGAAUAAGAAAGAGAGCGAAAGAUACGAAGAAUUAAUGCGUGAAAAGCAUUCGUCGGACAAAAUGAGGGAUCAGUUGAUGGACGAGAAUAUGGCGCUCAAGAAGGAGAUGCAAGAGUUGCGCAAAAACUUUGAGAAAAUUACACAUAAAUACACAAAACAAUUGGAAACCUUUAGUCCAAAUGAGCUGGGUAAACCUAAACCCUUUGGGUUAGCGGCACCGCACCCUCUGGUGCGGACCAACUCGACCCAAUCGCUCCGGGAGGCCGGGGAUAUGAGGCCGCCGUCAAUAUACGAGAUGCUGAGUGAGGCCCGGAAGCACCUGAACCAGAGGGUGUCCGUCACGGAGUGCAACACCACCGAAGAGGCGGCCAAUAAAGUGGUCGAUUGCGUCAAGAAUGAGAUCCGCAAUAAUAACAACAUGUAUUACAUCUGCCAAAACAUUGUCUACAAGUUGGACCUCGAGUUGGGCAGCAGUUGGUGUGUGAUCACCAACUGGAAUAAGCAGGGUCAUAACUACACCAAUAGUAGUUGCUACGUGAAGCUCAAGUUUGGCAAAUUAACGUUCAAGAUAUACCGCACUAAGUUUUUAGAUGUGCCGCUCCUUCGCCGGCGAGUAAGGGACGGGAAAAUAGUGGCAAAGAUUCAGAUAUUUGAUACGGAUAUGAGUGACUCAAUGAUCAAAUUCGUGGAAACCGUGACUUUCGUGGCGCUGAGAAAGCAUAAGACAAUGCGAUUAAUAGCCGGCGAAGUGAAGUCCAAAAUGGACGCCGAAUACAGCGGUCAGUGGAACUGUUUUGCACAUAAUUUCGGUGAUUAUUGUGUCAAUAAGAAGGAGAAGACGUUCAUCAGCUUCGAUGUCGACGAACUCAAGAUUACUUUGUUUCAAGCCAAUUAAGUACUGUACAAGGUCUGUUCAUACAUGACAUGUUGGUUAUACUUGUGUUAAAUCAAGCAUAAUUUGAUUUACUAUAUAGAAUUAAUCUCACUAUUAUAAAGUGUUAAUUGAUGU